AUAUUCUUGGGGAUAUUGAAGCCAAUCCACAGAACAACCUCAUCCUCUGAAAAAAUCGACAAACUGUUUUUGAGGCAAAGGAGAGCCCCAAGGACCGAGUGCCUGAGCCUUCUCUUUCUCUUUGGUCACUCUUAUCUUCAACAACACAGACCAAGUAGAGCCCAAACCAUGCUGUUUACUUGGUUGUAGACACCUGCACAUUCAUUAACGCUUCAAUGGAGGCAGGAAGGAGCUUGCUUUCUUCAUCUCCACCAUGUCCUCCACGAACCCAUUUAAAAAAUUCUCUCUCUUCUGCUUCUACUUCUUCUUCUUGUUCAGUUUUGAUGGUUCAUGAGCAAGCAGGUUCUGUACUUACCUCCACGGGAACUACUUCUUUACCUCGACAUUUUCCCACCUCAGUUCUUUUGCAAGAGCUGCACGAUGAGAGUAGGCCUUUGCUACACAUAAUGAAGGAGGAUAGAACAUCCCUGGCAACAUUAGAUAGGAGGCGGCUGGAAGAAGGCUUCUCAGCACACGAAGAGAAUGGCGCUGUUGAUACUGAUCAAUACCUGAAGGAUUUUCAGUGCCAGUUGCUUAAAUGGCCCGGUCUAUGGUAUUUAUUGCCAUCCUUACAAACAGGAGGAUCACCGUCUUUAAAUUCAAGUAGCCAGUCUGUUCCAAGUAAACCAAAUAAGCUUAUUGAUGUUGAACCGCACUUUGUGCUUGCCCUUGCUCAAAAAGCUUUGUCAGCCUCAAAAGAAGCGGCUUUGUUAGCUGAGGACUCAAAACUAUUUGAAGCAUCUCGUGAUGAAUCCCUUACUCCUAGCUCGGGCUCUCCUGGGUUGGCUGAUUGCCCAAUUAACGAGGUGAAAACAGUGAGGUCAACACGCCUUCAAGAGAGGCGAUCUAAGAUAAGGGGGGUGCCAAAGCCACUUCUUAUACUUCACGACACAAGCAGAUCUCCAAGAACAGAUAUACAAAGAAAAAUAAGUGAAGGUUUUGAUCCGAGUGACCCUCUCCGCUUAUUCUUGUCUGGUCCAGAAACAAGACAACUUUUGACUGCAAAAGAAGAAUUGGAGCUGAUAGUUCAGAUACAGGACUUAAUGAGACUAGAGGAAGUGAAGAGUAGGCUUCAUUCUCAGUUUAACCGUGAACCGACACUGGUAGAAUGGGCAGAAGCUGUUGGGCUUAGGUGUCAUGUAUUACGGUCACAACUUUACCGUGGAAACAAGAGCCGAAAGAAGCUAAUAUAUGCCAAUUUCCGUAUGGUGGUUCACAUUGCUAAGCAAUAUGGGGGGCGCGGUCUCAGCCUUCAGGAUUUACUGCAGGCAGGAAGUAUGGGUCUUAUGAGGAGUGUCGAAAAAUUCAAGCCCCAAGCAGGUUGCCGAUUUGCUACUUAUGCUUACUGGUGGAUAAGGCAGGCGGUCAGAAAGGCCAUAUAUCAACAUUCUAGGACAAUACGUUUGCCAGACAAUGUAUAUGGACUUCUGCACAAGGUAACCGAAGCAAAGAGACAAUGCAUCCAGGAAGGACAUCAUCAUCCUACAACAGAAGAAAUUGCAGCUCGUGCUGGAAUGACAGUUGAGCAAUUGGAAACUCUGCUAUUUUCUGCAAGAAUGCCUCUUUCAAUACAACAGCCUGUAUGGGCGGACCAAGACACUACUUUACAGGAAAUCACUGCGGACACUACAAUUGAGAUCCCAGAUGUGAGUGUGGCAAAGCAGCUCAUGAGGCAGCAUAUCCGCAACCUUCUUGGCAAUCUGAGUCCCAAAGAGAGGAGAAUAGUCCGGCUGCGAUAUGGAAUUGAAGAUGGCAAACCAAAAUCACUAUCUGAAAUUGGUGUUGUUUUUGGGUUGUCAAAGGAGAGAAUCCGGCAGCUGGAGAGUCGAGCACUGUACAAGCUGAAGCAGUGUCUAGGCAGCCAGGGCCUAGCUGCGUAUGCAAAUUUGCUUGUAUAAACUUCCAUAAUCACUAAAUGCUGUUCAGGGGAAGAGGAAGCAGGUGAUUGUGAACCCCUAUCUCAAGUGCGGAAAAAGAGCAGCUUUCAGGAAUGGGUUCUGAAAAUGAACUCACUUGACUGAGCUUAUCUACCUCUCUCUCUCUCCUCAUUUUAUUGGUUCUGAAUAUCAUUCUGUAAAUUCUGGUUGAAUUCCUACAUUUUCAUUCGUUGUCUUUGUCUUGUAAUUAAAGGCGGUGAUGCUAAAUCUGUAUUUCACUGGAAAUGAUUUUCAGCACAAACAAUCUAUUCAUGGAUGUUCCAAUAUUUGUAGAUGUACCCUCAUUCUGUUUUCUUAAUUAAAAAAUGUCAUUUUGUUG